GCGGGCACUGAGUCUCGGUCGGAUAUCGUUAAUGGACACGGUCGAGGCGUUCCGUUAGUGUUUUCAGACGCCAGGGGGAUCGCUGCAGCUUGGGCGGGUCUUCAACUUAAACAGUUCCCGGCGGCAGCAACAAAGGAUGAACGGAGCUCUGGGAAAGAUGCUGUGUCUGAGGACCGAUACCAUUUUUAAGCAAGCCUUUUUUCUCUUAAGGCUCAGGACUUCAGGAGAAAAUCCCAUCUGUUCUGCAGGUGGCAUUCUGCUGAAUACCAGUCGGCACUACAAGUCAAAGCCUACCCAUGGCAUUGGAAGAUACAAGCACCUAGUUAAAGCACAGGAGCCCAAGAAGAAGAAGGGAAAAGUAGAACUGAGACCCAUUAAUCUGGGGACAGAUUAUGAAUAUGGAGUUUUAAACAUUCACCUGACUGCAUACGACAUGGCCCUAGCAGAGAGUUAUGCCCAAUAUGUUCACCACCUCUGCAACCAUCUAUCCAUUAAAGUUGAGGAAAGUUAUGCAAUGCCCACCAAAACCAUGGAAGUGUUGCGGCUGCAGGACCAAGGUAACAAAAUGCUCCUGGACUCAGUUCUUACCACUCAUGAACGAGUGGUUCAGAUCAGUGGUUUGAGUGCUACAUUUGCAGAGAUUUUCUUGGAAAUAAUCCAAAGCAAUCUUCCUGAAGGAGUCAGAUUGUCAGUGAAGGAGCACACUGAAGAAGACUUCAAGGGAAGAUUCAAAGCUCGGCCAGAACUGGAAGAACUGUUGGCCAAGUUGAACUAGCUCAUUGCAGACCCUUUCAUGUCAGGACUGGUGAUGUUGAGUGCUAAGGGGAAGAUCUUCCUGGGUGGUCAAAGUUAAGCAGAAGACACUGACCUUUAGAUAUCAUAACUACCCAUCCCCAUUAGCCAAGAAUGCUUCCUUUCUUGUAUGGAGGAGUGCUUGCCGAUUGUCACCACUUUCCUUUGAGCUAACCGAAGACAUCCUUCAUCUAAUAAAAAUCUGUAGCUAAUGGG